ACUCGCCCACUAUUCACCACAUACCCCCACAACGCGAACAGAAACAGCGCUGGUACGCGAAACCUUACCUGCCUUUUGCACACCACGGUCCUGGAAUUUUUUUGUAUUGAAGGAGGUGAAAACGAAAGAUGAUUAUUCCUGUUCGCUGUUUUUCGUGUGGAAAGGUCAUUGGUGACAAGUGGGACACAUAUUUGACACUCCUGCAAGAAGACAACACUGAGGGUGAAGCUCUUGACAAGUUGGGUCUGCAGCGCUACUGCUGCCGCCGUAUGAUUCUUACCCAUGUUGAUUUGAUUGAGAAGUUGCUCUGCUACAACCCCCUCUCUAAGCAAAGAAACUUUUAAGUCGCCCAGCUAGCAUCUUCUGGGAAUGAACCGGUUCGGAGGUAGGGAUGGCGGGUACGGUGGCGAUGGAGUGGGUGGAUGCUGGUGUAGUAAUAACAUGGGGCAGAGGGGCUGCAGUGGUGGGCGUCU